AUGUCAGAUAGAAAUACAGUACAUGUGUCUGGUUUCCCGGCAGGUACUAGAGCUAACGAAUUGGCACCGCAAUUUGAAAACGUCGGGAGGUUAGUCCGUAUUGAUAUUCCUCCAUUAGGUCGUUUCAAAUCGAUACCUUAUGCAUUUGUCGAGUACGAAUCAUCACACGAUGCUGAGAAUGCGAUUCGGUCAUGUGAUGGAACGCCAUUUGAAAUGAACAAGUCGUUCUCAUUAAGGGUACAGUUUGCUAGAUCAAAGCCUAGAAGAGAUUUUGGAGACUCAAGAGAUCCUAGAGAUGGAAUGCGCCAAAGAGACUAUAGAGACCGCAGAGAUCCAAGAGAUAGGGAUCCUAGGGAUUAUAGGGAUCCUAGAGACCGCAUGAGAUCCUACAGAGAUCAAGACGAUAGAAGAGGUGGACCAGGUCAAGGCGUAAGAGGUUAUGAUGACAGAAGGUCUGGGAACCCUAGACCGUACGGACCUCCACGUAUGUCCGGCUCCGCCCAACCUCCAAGACGUUACGACGAAAGGUUGGGAGAACCUAAACCGUAUGAGCCUGUAUUGGGUACGCCUAUCUCGUUGGAGAGGAAACUAAGAGACCCACCAGUACAAGUCAGUAAGGCAACGGAGCAAAACAACGAACAAGAACAGGAACAAAAACAGGAACAAAAACAAGAAACAGAUCCCGUCCAAGAUGCAGGAAACGAAUCCGACGGAUCAAAUUAUGAUCCAAACGAAAAUCUGACAGUAGCAGAAGCUGCUGUACCAAAGCCUGAUGACACUUCGGCGAAACCAGAAGAGCAUCAACAAGAACAAGAACAAGAACACGAAGAAACAAAGCCACCUUUUGAUGCGGUGAAUCAACCUACAGAAAACGUCUCUGAACAAGAACAAUGA